UAUACAGCGGAUAAGUCGCAUCCGAGCGGUUCGAAAUAUUAUCUGUGUAACUCAAUAUUAGUGGAAAACAAGUGCAGCGUAAUGAUUUGAAAUUCAAUUCCCAAACAAAGGGCAACGGCAGCAGGUUCUACAGCCAAAAUGUUGAUUACUGCGCGCAGUGAAUCAGAUUACCUAUUGUAAACAUUGCAAAUUUAUCGACGGCUGACUACAGUUAUCGCUCCAAAUGGCAGGCGGUGUUGUAAAUCCAAACUUAAUUGCUCUAUAAUUAAAUUUCACAACGCGCUAUCGUCAGUUAUCUGUCUUUCAUCUUGAAAGUGAGAGUUACGUGCGGUUCGAUAAGAAUGAUUGGAAAAUCCGGAAAAAAUUCGCAAUACCACAAUUAAAAUAGUUGAAAGCACGUGUAGCUAAUUAGUCAGGUUGAUAAAAAAAAAAAAAAAAUAUACAUAUCCGCUUAAUAGAAACGAAAAAUAUUUUUUUUGUUUAAUUAACUUGGAAACGCCACUGCUGGAUUUGUUCUGGUAAAUUAUCUUGUCUUAAAAUAUACAGAAAAGCAAUUUUGCAAAAACCAUUAUAUCCCACACUUAAGGUUAAAAGUGUAAUCUUUAGGCAAAUUUGCAUAACAAUCGUAUAUUAAAUAAACGAAUCGCUAUGCAAACAUUGUACAAAAUAAUCAAUUGAUAAGCUGCACAGGACCGUUACAUUUUGAAUUUCGAAAGCUAUGCGGUAAAAACCGCGCGAGAGCAUAAAAGCUUCGAAACCAACCCCUCCAAUUAAGCAAAACAACACUAUUUAUCCACGCGGGAGAGCGACUGAGUGCGCAGAGUAAAAAUGAGCGCCGCAGAGGCUCUCUCCGAAACAGCGGCAGAAAGACGAAACAGUCGGACUAGCGAAAACAGUGCUGAUGGCAAUGUUUUGGAACAGCGGGACGAAGGGGCGGGACGCACCGUUUGCCAGUGGGCGUGGCACGUGGUCAAGUCGAUAUCCGUGGAGCCCACUAUGUUCCUGUACAUGUUCGCCUUCAUGAUCACCUCGGUGGUGGAGCAGAACUUCUUCCUGUACAAGUCCUGUCGGGUGAACAACAACUUCACGGAGGAGAUCUGCCGGAAUCUCAACAAGCCGGAGAACAAGGAGUUCAAGGACCAGUCGCUGUUGACCAACGCCUGGUUCCUCCAGUGGGAGAACAUAUCAGCGCACAUAUUCCCAAUUAUUUUGGCCCUGUUUUUGGGAUCCUUUUCCGAUCGUCGUGGCCGAAAGUUGCCACUGCUGAUGGGACUGGUGGGCAAGUUCGUCUACUCCUCGAUGGUGGUGGUCAAUGCCAGGAUGCCCACGUGGCCGGUGCAGAACAUCAUCUACUCUGCCACUCUGCCAUCGGCUUUGACCGGUGCGGAUGUGGCCAUUUUUGCCUCCUGCUUCGCCUACAUCUCGGAUAUUUCCACGCUGCAGCAGCGAACCAUCCGGGUGACCAUCCUGGACGUCGUCUACCUCAGUGCCAUGCCCCUGGGCGUGGCCUUGGGCUCCCACCUCUUCUAUAAUGUCUUCGAUCAGUCCUACGCGGACAUGUUCACCGUUAACGCCUCCCUGAUCGCCCUGGCCAUCAUCUACAGCCUGUGCGCCCUCAAGUGGCAAACGACUCCGAAGCAGCGUUCGCUGAGGGAACUCGGGUGCUGUGGAUUCUGGGGCGACUUCUUCGACAAGCAGCACGUGAAGGACUCGCUGGCGGUGCUAGUAAAGUCCCGGAAGGGACACCGGCGCAGCUUCCUCAUUAUCCUGCUGGUCAGCAUGGCCCUCUACACCUUCCAGCGGGACGAGGGGCAGUACCUGUACAUGUACACCUUAGACAAGUUCGACUGGGAUGUGAGUGCGUACAGCAACUUCAAAACCUUCAAGUCGUCGGCCUACGUGAUUGCCAUGCUGUUGGCUGUGCCCCUAAUGAAUAAGGUCCUAGGAUGGAGGGAUACAACCAUCAUCUUUAUUGGCACUUGGGCCCAUUCAAUAGCCCGAUUGUUUUUCUAUUUCGCCACCAAUACGGAUCUACUUUACGCGGGAGCCGUGGUCUGCAGUUUGGGGCCAAUUGUGGGGCCCAUGAUCCGGGCCAUGACCUCGAAAAUUGUGCCCACAUCGGAGAGGGGAAAGGUUUUUGCCCUGCUCUCGGUUUGCGAUAAUGCAGUUCCCUUUAUCAGUGGAGUUUGCUAUUCGCAACUUUAUCGGGCCACCAAAAGUAAUAAUUACGGAGGAAACGUCUUUAUGCUAACUAUUGCCACCCAGAUGGCCGUCUUUGUAAUGAUACUUUGUAUUCACGUGGUUUUGGGCAAGAACUCACUUGCCGUUCCGGAAGUUCCCGAGAAUGAGAGCGGCCUUAUUGGCCAAAAGGAGCCUGUUCCCCAGUUAAAGGCAACCGCUGACCAAAAUUAAACAAUACAAUUCACAUUUUAUGAUUCCUAUACAAAAAGACAUAAGGCAUAAAUGGCAGCUGCUGCAUAGGAGAUUUAAAAUCCCAUCAAAACAAGAUUUUCUAAUAAAAACAGAGAUAUUUUUAUACCUUUCAGUAAA